AUGUCCAAGACAUCUACCAAGGGUGCCGAUAAGGCCGGCAAGGCCAGCAAGGCCUUGAACAAGGUCAAGGAUGCCGGUGUCACCAAGGCUUCCCAGUCCCCCGCUGCCAAGAGCAAGGCCGUUGCCAGCAAGGUCGCCUCCAAGGAGAAGUCCUCCAAGAAGAACAAGAAGAAGGAGCCUACUCCCAGCUCCUCCGAGUCGGAGUCUGAGUCCGAUGAGGAUAUGAAGGAUGCUUCCUCCAGCUCCGAGUCCGAGUCUGAGUCCGAGGAGGAGAAGCCCGCUCCCAAGAAGACCGAGAAGAAGGUCGCUGCUAAGGCUGAGUCUUCCGACUCUUCCGACUCUGACUCUUCCGAGUCCGAGGAGGAGAAGCCCGCUCCCAAGAAGACCGAGAAGAAGGUCGCUGCCAAGGCUGAGUCUUCCGACUCUUCCGACUCUGACUCUUCCGAGUCUGAGGAGGAGAAGCCCGCCCCCAAGAAGACCGAGAAGAAGGCCGAGACUUCCGACUCUUCCGACUCUGAGUCCGAGUCUGAGUCCGAGGCCAAGAAGGCCUCUUCCGACUCUGAGUCUGGUUCCGACUCUGACAGCUCUGACUCUGACUCCGAGGAGACCCCUGUCUCCAAGAAGCGCAAGGCUGAUGAGGAGCCUGCUGCCACUGCCAAGAAGUCCAAGACCGAGGAUGUCCCCGAGGGUGCUGUCGCCAACCUGUUCAUUGGUAACCUGUCCUGGAACGUCGACGAGGAGUGGCUCCAGCGUGAGUUCUCCGAGUUCGGUGAGCUCUCCGGUGUCCGCAUUGUCACCGACCGCGAGACUGGCCGCUCCCGUGGCUUCGGCUACGUUGAGUACAACAGCGCCGCCGAUGCCGUUAAGGCCAUGGAGGCCAAGAAGGGUACCGAUCUUGAUGGUCGUACCAUCAACCUCGACUACGCCGCUCCCCGCCAGGCCAAGCCCGAGGGUGGCGACCGCUCCCAGGAUCGUGCUCGCUCCUACGGUGACCAGACCAGCCCCGAGUCCGACACUCUCUUCGUUGGAAACCUUCCCUUCAGCGCCACUGAGGAUGCUCUCCACGAGGUCUUCGGCGCCCAGGGCUCCGUUCUCGGAAUCCGUCUCCCCACUGAGCAGGAGACCGGCCGCCCUAAGGGCUUCGGUUACGUUCAGUUCUCUUCCAUCGAUGAGGCCAAGGCUGCCCACGCUGCUCUCAACGGCCACGAGCUCGAGGGCCGUUCUAUCCGUCUUGACUUCUCUACUCCCCGUCCUGCCGGUGGUGACCGUGGUGGCUUCGGCGGCCGUGGUGGUGGUGGUCGCGGUGGUGGUCGCGGUGGUGGCCGUGGUGGCUUCGGCGACCGUGGCGGUGGCUUCGGUGGUCGCGGUGGUGGUGGUCGCGGCGGUGGCCGUGGUGGCUUCGGCGACCGUGGCGGCCGUGGUGGUCUCAACAAGGGCAAGGGCAGCAUCCCUGAGUACAAGGGUACCAAGGUCACCUUCUAA